AUUCCAGUUUACAAUAUGAUCGGUCCUGUUACAUUCCGACCAUACCUAAGAGUAAUUUUGGGGUUGCUGUUGCUGUUGUGGUUUUUGAGGUCGAAGACCGUUCAAAUGGUCAAGCAUGGUAAAGCACAGAAUGUUUGCAGAACGAUCCAGAAGGAAAGGAAGGCCAUCGUGAUGAGUGCAAAGGUUAUGCUUUUGAGCACAGUUGUGCUUUGCUUGAGUAUACUGAUUUUGCGAUAUGCUGAAGUGGAAUGGCUUGAAGAUUUUGCAAACUCUUCCAUACGUAAACUAAUAUAUCUUGUUCGUUACGAUGAGCAGCCAGUUCUGGCAAAUAAAUCGGAACUUAAUCUUGAGUUGGUAGACAUGACGAAAGCUAAGCAUGGUGAUAGGAAGAUGGAAGUUGCAAAACUUAACAAAGCGCUCAGUGAAGUUGGAUUUGCCUACAUUAUCAAUAUACCUGGGUACGAUCCAGAUAAAUUGCUGUAUAACACUAAAUGGUUUUUUUCAUUGCCACACAAGACAAAAAUGGAAAUUGCUAAGAAUUCUUUCCAGCCAGGAAAUAAAAACUCUUUCCGAGGUUAUUUUCCAAUCAUAGAUGGCGGUCACUCCUUCAAAGAAGCUUUAGAAUUUGGAGCAUUUUUUCAUAGUAAGCAUGAAGUUCGAAAGGUAUCGGGAACUGACCGGCCUCUCAUGAGAGACGUUGUCCAGGAGCCCAAUGUGUGGCCAGUGUCAGACAGCAAAGAGUCAGACGAAGAAUUUCGAAAUUGCAUGACUCGCAUGUAUGAUCUCUACUCCUCUCUUGGAGACGAGGUCUCUAAAAUGAUGGCAGAAGGUCUUGGCCUAGAGAAGAAUUACUUUGAUAACUUGUUCAAGCCAGGUAAGCCCCUUGCAACUCUGCGAUUACUUCAUUACCCAACAAGGAUAAAUGACACAGAUCUUCCUGAGGAGGCAAAAGAUGGAGACAUUAGAAUAACAACUGGAGAACAUUUUGAUACAACAUUCCUUACAAUCUUAGCAACUUUUGAAAACAAGGGACUGCAAGUCAAGUUGACUGAUGAUGGCCCUUGGCUCGAUGUGCCAGUAAUAAAAGAUGGCUUAAUCAUUAACACUGGAGCACUUCUCUCAAAGAUGGUAGAUUAUAAACUCAGAGCUACAAACCAUAGAGUAAUAGAUCUUGGAGCUGACCGUUAUUCUGUUCCUUUUUUCUAUGAGCCAGCCUUUGAUGCAGAUAUUUCAAAGUCUAUCAGUGGUAAAAUAAUAAAUACUGCCUUUCCAAAGUAUGGUCCAUGGAUGACAAACAGAACAAGCAUGUUUGCAGAAUAUGCAACAACAGAUUUUGGAAUUGCUGAUUAACUUUAUAGAUUUAGCCAGAUUAAAAAGAAUAUAAUCUAUAUAAUGUUGUGAAAUUUGGUCUUUAUCCUUCUUUUAUAUAAAUUCAAAUUGUUUAUAAAUUGAUUAAAGAUUGCAGAUCCAGGUUAUAAAUCAGACAAUUUUACUAGAAAAAAAUGGACAAUGAAAGGCCACUAAAACAAGCUACAUAGAGAAAUUACAGCACCACCCACCCCUACCUCUCCCCCUCACACCACAGCCUUCCACCCUUCAACAAAAAACUUUGUUUCUGCUCUUAUUAGCUUUUUUAUCAAAUAAAAGUAAAGAUACAGAUGCUUGUUUUAAAAUAUUUAAAACAGGCUAUUGCAAGUAGCCAAGAGCAGCUUUGCAAACAGUUUUUACAUACAGCCAACACUAAAUAUUUGCCAAUAUGAUAAACUAAGUUUAGGGAUACACUUACAUUGAUAAUUUUUUUUACAAGCUGCUGAUCUGAGUUAUUUCAAUCUCGUAUUAUUUUGUACUGUAUGCAUGUUUGUGAAAAAUCAGUUGGUUGUUGUUUUUGAAUAGAAGAUUGUGAACUUCAUAAAAAAUCGCAUCAUA